AUGACGGACUUCGACGUCUUAGAAAUGGUCCGCAGAGAGCUGGACGUCGACUUCUCGAAUGGAGUGACGCUCGCAGGCAUCGUAUAUCUUUAUCCCAUCACGAUGAUGAGAUUCGCAAAGACCAGCGACCGGAAUAAGAUCAUGCUCUCAAACCUGUGCGGGAAGGAUGCACUUCAGAAAACUUUGUUGGUGACCUCGUGCUGGAACGCGGUUCCUUCUCAGCUGCCGGCAGACCUGGCUAUCUCGCGUGAAGAGAAGCUUAGGGGCACUGGUGCGUAUUGGGCAGACCUGAUCGCUCAUAAUGCGCGAGUUGAUCGUUUCGAUGAAUCGCAGGCAGCUGCCUACCACAUAGUCGACCGUGUCCUGCAUUGGAAAUCGUACCAAGAUCCAGGGUCCUUUCCACAUCUCCGGUUUGAAAUGGCCUGGCAGAGAAAGCCGUCCAAGGAUGCUUCGGUGGUGGCCGAAGAGGUGGAGAGGCUACUAGCAGAAAGACGUGAGUAUUUCGAAGAGAAGGGUGAAGAAUUGAGGAGAGACGAAGACAACCAAGUCACAUCACAGCAGGAAGAGCACCGGAGGAAUGUACGACAGGCAGAAGCAGAGCAAGACCAGAGCCGACGACGGCAGCAUAGUCAAGUCUUGGACGACAUUUCAGCAGAGGAACGAGAAUUUGACCGGCUCAGCACACUCCUGUCUGGCGAAGAGAUAAAGAGCCGCAACAGGCGCGAGGCAGAGGCUGAGGAGCUGGUGUAUGUGAACGCGGACGUGAAAGAUCUGGAUAAACAGAUCGAAGCCACCGACAAGAGCAUUGCCAAGACGAAGGCCCGGUACCAGGGCGGAAGGCCGUCGAAGAAGAGAAGAUGA